AGACGCGCCACGACAAUUAGCUGCGGAUAUAGUGACGGGAAUAACCGGAUUAUGAAGAUUUAAGGAGAAUUCAACAGAAUUCAGUGUCAUACAAGGCGAGGGAUUAAGUUAGGCGUGUUCACUUCUAAAGUCGCCGUUAUGGGGAUAGACCGACGCCGGAGAGCAUCGCUGGCUCUCACCUUGAACUUCCUCGCUUUGUUCCUCGCAGUGUCGGCUCUCACCACCAGCUACUGGUGCGAUGGGACGCGGAAAGUGGUGAAGCCGUUCUGCACCGGCCCGGUCACAACCAAGCAGUCGUUCUGCAUCAGGUUCAACAGCUCCAACAUCAACGACACAAGGCUGGUGCAGUACAUCUGGGAGACCGGGGAGGAUAAGUACGUGAUGAGGAAGUUUCACACCGGCAUCUGGUUCUCCUGCGAGCAGAACAUUAACAUGACAGGUGAAAACUGCAGAAGUUUCCUUAAUGUUGCUCCUUCAAAUGAAAGAGGAGUGCUGUGGCUGUGCAUUGUUGCUGAGUGCCUAUACAUCCUGCUGCUGGCCACCGGAGGCAUCCUCAUGUCAAUAGAGGUGUGCCACUUUGGCAAUGUCAUCGACGGCCUCAAGCUCAACGCCUUCGCUGCCAUAUUCACUGUGCUCUCAGGUCUGUUGGGUAUGGUGGCCCACAUGAUGUUUACCACUGCCUUCCAGCUGACUGUCAGUCUUGGCCCAGAGGACUGGAAACCUCAGACAUGGGACUACAGCUGGUCGUACAUUUUGGCGUGGAGCUCCUUCACAGCCUGCAUGGCGUCCUCAGUCACCACCAUCAAUCGCUACACCAAAACCAUCCUGGAGUUCAAGCACAAGCGCAGGAACAUUGAGAAGAACCUGAAGAUCAAGCAGAAGCUGCUGGAGCUGGACUCUCCGGAGCAGGUGUGGGACAUGUACAUAAGCUCGGUGCCAAGCACUGCCGAGGAGCUGCUGGAUCUGUCGUCCAAUGGUCGCAAACUCUCCAACACCUCCAUCUUCCUGGACCUCAACGACCUGCCCGACCCACAGGGAGAGGAGUACUGUUAGAGGAGCCGCGUGUAGCAUUUUCACACAUCAGCAGUUAUAUUCAAUGUGGUACAAUAAUAUAAUUACUGUAAACAAGAUGACACCAUGGUGCUUGAUUACCCACAACAAGCGGAAUAUCACACACACGACACAUACUAUGAAGUUAGCAAACCGGUUCAACAUCUAGCAGAUACGGAUCAUUUGGAGUUGUGUUUUCUGCCCACCUGAUAAAUGGAAGUCUCACACAUUUAUCUUGUUACUAAAUGUAACUUUAAAUUAUGGUGGAAAUCAGGUGUGGAAAAUGUUCUCCAGGGUAAUGAUCAACAACUUUCUAUUUUGAAACGUCGGCCUCCAAUAUUUCAUGUUUUGAAACAGAAACAGAACAGGGCAAUAACCUUUUUUUUUUCCUUUUGGCGCAGUUGAAAGAAAGUGGUCACAUACAGUAUGUCAGGUCAGUUUUACUUGUAUAACCCAACAUCACAAAUUUGCAUCAAGAGGCUUUACAUCUGUACAGGAUACGACACCAAACUGGAAGAGAAGUCAGGGAAAGCAUUAGAGGAGGAGCCCUCUCCCAGGAUGGACACACAUGCAAUACAUGUCGUGUGUACAGAAUAACCAACAUGAUAUAAUUACAGUAGGCUUCAUAGUAUAGACAAUCCAAAUAACACAAAUGAUGAACAUAUAUAUACAAAAGGUGGACAAACAGCUAGAACCUGAGCCAUACGACCUCCUCUACACCAUGUGACCUGGAAAGAGGCCAAGCUACAGAGAGAGAGAGAGACAGAGAGACAGAGACAGAGACAGAGGACGAAGAUCCAGAUCCAAUAUGUGUGAUGAGGCACCGACCUCCAGGAGAGAGAGAUAGAAGGUCCCAGGACGGCUGAGGGUUCAGCACAGAGAAGCCUGAGUUAAGAGAGAGACAGACGGGCUUGUGGACACAAACAGACAGACAGGUUAUUGAGAUGCAGUGGCUUGCAGAAAGGUAAUAUUAUUUUGUAGGCAGGACAAAUAAGGACAAUAACUACAAGGCUUAAAUGAUGCAUUGAAGCUGAAACCAACCCGCCAGGCGGAUAAUGUAAGAAUAAGCAAUUCAUUGAAAGUUAUGCAUUUUGAGUUUGGAUGUAAAGGCCUCAACAUCAUCAGACUGCCUGAUGUCCACAGGGAGGUUAUUCCAGAAGAAGAUAGGUUAGUCUGCUAAAUUAUUCUUUACAAACAGACAGACAGGAGCCCUAUUCUGAGAGCUGUGAGGAGCAUAAGGUUGGUCAGAUAGGUAGGAGUGUGUCCAUUUAUAAUUGUUUAAGUCAUCAGGAGCACCUUAAAGUCUGACAUUGAUAGGGAGCUAAUAAAGAGAAGAUAAAUGUUUAGUUAGGAUUUCAGCAGCAGCGUUCUGAACCAUUUGAAGACUUUCAGUACAGCACGUGGAGGACCUGACAACAAAACGUUAAACAAAUCCAGUCCAUGAUACAAAGGCGUGAGUUACAGUCCCCGCUUCAGCUAUGGAUAGAAAAGACCUGAUUUUAUACUUGUAAUAUAACAAACCAGCAUUAUUGUUUCAGGUGUUCUCAAACUUUUUCAACCACAUUAUAUUGACAACAUUGUUGUCGACUAGCUGCAAUGAUGCAACCGAAACAAUUGGAUAUUAUAAAACGCUCGUAAAGCCUUUCAAAAAGACUUAAGUAAGGCUAGCUGGCUAAACAGUGAUAGUAAUACAACACACACAGAUUGGGUUUCUAAGAAGGUGUGACCGGACUGAUGGCCUACCAUAGUUCAAAAUCUGAAUCAGAAAUACCCAAUAAAAUAUGUACAUAUUACUAUUAUUCUGAUUUUUUAGCAAAAUUAUAAAGUUUCCUUGAAAUUCCUCUGUGGCGCAGUAUUAACCAUCUGCCAGUGGAUUAAUGUUGAAUGUUUUAAGGGCCCUACUUUCUUUCCUAGAAUAUUUCUAUUUGAACAUUUACAUUAAAUAAGACCUUUUUAUGAUGAUGAAAUGGCAUUAUGGUGAUCCCACUCCUUAGGCAUUAUUAGAACCAAAACAGGCAGAAAAUGUUCUUAACCUCAGUGUUUGUAAAGUCCUGGUUACAGACCUGGUGGGAGCUUAACUUUCCAAAGAAGACAAAUAUAAUGGAGCAUUCAGUGUAAAUUGCGAGAUGAAGGUUAUAAAGGUCUCAGUUGUUUACAGAAACUAUACUAAUGUCUCAGAAUUGAUGUGGUGACAAUGCAUUGAUGCUAAAAUGUUACAUGUAGCAUGUAGCGCCUAUAAGGAGCUGAACCACACACCGUAUCUUUGAACAACCACACCGACCCUGCAGUUGAGUUAGGAGGUGUAACCUUCCUGUUUACCUCUGCCCGAGCAACAGUGCUGUGAAGGGUCACUGCUUAAACCCUGUGAGUUAGAGAGGAGGGAAGCUGAGGACAGGAGUGACAAACCGGGAGUCAAGAUAAAGCUCUGUGGACAGGACUCGUCUCCCUCAGCCAACAUUCUUCCAUUCAAAACUCGCACACUCUAAAGACUGUCAAGCCUCUUGGUUUGCUGCCCUCUGGAUCGUAUUCAUUGAGGAAAAUGUUGUCACUGUUACAGCUGUGUGUCCAUUACUCUAGGUGGCUCACUCAGCUUUAGAUACACAUGGCUGGAUGAGCCCCGUGAUAAAGAGCUCCACAUAUUGAUUCUACCAUGGUACACGCUGUGUAGUGGAGUGAUGAUACACUGCCUCCCACCCAAUAUGUGAACCAAAUAGCAUUAAGUAGCUUAAAAUGUCAGUUGUUAAUCCCUGUAUUACAGUUUCGGUAUUUACAGAGUAUUUGUCUCGCCAUGGAAGGAGGGAAGUAACAGAAGGUGGACAUGAGGACUGUCGCUUCAGUGGGAAAGUGUAAAGAAAGAGUGUUACAUGGAUGAAGGAUGCCUAUUGGCCAUGCUGAGUGCCUUUAAUUACAGCGGCAUGCUCUGUGCUCACCACAUUUUAACGAGGGCGAUGCUGCUAACCCUAAUAACUGCUUUAGAGGAAACAUGUAGCUGUCUGUGCAAACUGCCAAAAGUCAUCAGCAAGAGGAGCGCGCCUCUUUUCAACCUCAAUAUUUACGUGAUGGGGAACUUUUCUUAUGUAUAUUUACACAAAUUGUAUUCAUGUAAAACACAGACCAGGAUUGUUGUUAUUUACAGUAAUUUUAAGUGCAUUUGUAUAUUAUGUAUUUUAUUUAUUUGUUCAAUUCAAAGUCAAAUGUGUUGUGGAUAGCUUAAAGAUUUAUUCUGGUUUAAAUUCCAUCAUCCUGGGUUGAAUUAUAUGCUGACGCAUGGAUUGUUGUGACUUUUGUGUAUGUCAGAUUUAUUUACGGUGGCACUUUUUGUGUAGUGUUUUUUAGUUACAUUUUUGUGGAUAAUUUUUUGCAACCUAAUAUAUUAAUAGUAAUACAUUUAUAUGAAAAAAUAAUAUUUAAAGGUAAACGAGGAGAGAACAUCAUAAUAAAGAAGCAACUUGU